UUCCCCGCGCUGAGACAAGAUGGAAGAAUACAGCAGCUGCAGGAGAACAAUGUUUGGGCUCUAAAAUUGAAACGGACGACCGAAGGUGAAUUAAAACAAGUCGAAAUAGAAAGCUGGGGUCAUGCACUGGAUGUCUCGGGUGUGCUCCGUGUAGUCUGCCCACCUGCCCAACACCAUCAUGAGCAUCAUACAAGACAAACUGGGCAAUGAUUUCCUGCGCUCCAACGGGGGCAUGGACUCCAACUACGCCCCUGGCAUGAUCAUGUUCAGCCACCUGCCCCCUGUGACUAGCUUCACUCGGCUAGCCUCCCAUUCGAUCAUGCAGGACAUGCCACCCCAAGAGAUGAUCCUGAAGAAGGAGCGGGAUUCUCCUGACUGUGGGAUGGGUGUCAUGGGAGGCGCUAUGGGGAUCAAGCAGGAGAAGCUGUCUGAGCACGACUACAGGCUGCCACUGUACCCAGGAAGCUCUGGGAAAAGCAGCGAUCUGAUGGAGGUGUCGUUGGGCAGCCACCAAAGUCUGCUUGUCCAUGACCUUAGUAUGAGCAAUCUGCCGAGUCGACCAGGAAAGCAGUCCACAGGGAGGAGAGGUCGGAGGUCAAAUGGGGACGGAUCGGAGGGGAAGCCCAGAAGGAAACGAGGAGAAGCAAAGCAAUCAAUGCUGCUGGACGCCGAUGGAGGCAGUCUGUCACCAGGCACCAAGCCGCACAUCUGUGAGCACUGCAACGCCUCCUUCAGGAGCUCCUACCACCUGCGCAGACAUGUUCUCAUCCACACAGGAGAGAGGCCUUUCAGAUGCAGCCAAUGCAACAUGAGUUUCAUCCAGAAAUACCUUCUCCAGCGGCACGAGAAGAUCCACAGUGGAGAGAAGCCUUUUUGCUGUGAUCAGUGCAACAUGCGAUUCAUUCAGAAGUACCACAUGGAGAGGCACAAGCGGACCCAUAGUGGAGAGAAGCCAUACAGAUGUGACACCUGCCAACAGCAUUUUUCCAGGACGGAUCGAUUGCUCAAGCACAAGCGAACCUGUGGAGAAGCCAUAAAGAGGGGUCUGGAGCCUGGGAUGAUGGAUCUGGACGGUUCAGACAUGGGUCACGGCAGCUACGGAAUCACUCAGGGAAAUGUCGGCACCUCUGGCCGAAAGAGAGGCAAAUCCAGAAAGUCGGGGGAGGGAGGCAAGCGGAAGAAGGCAGCGGCGGCAGCAGCAGCGGUCGGGAUGGAGGACUCGCACAUCCAUGCUGCGCUGUCCGGGGGCUACACCCACCACGACUACUCUGUCGAGAAUCCCUCUGUGUCCUCCACUCAGCCAGGACCCAGCAUGCAUCAGGGGCACCAGGGCCGUGCCCCAAAGAUGGCCUUUAAGAAGGCCAACCGUAAGGGUAUGGACAAGGGGGGCCUGGCCCCGGGCAAGCAGGGCUGCUUGGAUCAGGGUUCAGGCGGAGGUAUGGAUGGCAUGGGCCUUCUGCAGGGUACCGGGCCCAAGCCAGGCCCCACCAGCAGCAACUAUGACGACGCUAUGCAGUUCCUCAAGAAGAGACGCUACCUGCAUGCAGCUAAUAACAACGCUGCAGCCGGCCCCGGGUUGUCUGGCGGUGGAGGCAACGACUACGACGUCAAUAUGGGCCACCUAUCAUCCCAGCAGUCGGUCAUCCAGGGCGUGGUGUCGGGCGGGAUGGAUGGCGACGCGCCCCUCAGCCUGCUGGACUCCUCGAUGGGCGUGGACAAGCACGACAAGUCGGGGAUCCCCGACGAGGUGCUGCAGAGCCUGCUGGACCAUUACACCCACAAACCAGACGGCUCGCACCACGACGUGCACUUUGACCUCAGCGACCAGCACGUGGAGCUGCACCCUCCCUCGGGAGACGGGCCCGACUUGGGCCCUGACGCCGACUCGCCCAGCCCGUCCGGAGACAAGACGGUCAUCAUGCACGAGUACUCCCGUUUCCUGCUGCAGGCUCUGGAGCGCACCAGCCACAGCGCCAACUUUCCCCUGGGCCCUAGCCCGCCUACCGCCGGCCCUUUCACCACCUCCCACCAUGGCAACCCCCUUUACUCUGACAAGAACGUCUACACUACGUCCCCUCUGGAGUGUGGCUACAGCCAGUCCGGUUCCCCAUCCCUGCCCUCCUCUGUGCCAAAGUCCCACUUCGCCAUGCUCUCGAGCUCCUCUCCCCAGCACAGCUUCCACCUGAGCAGCCUGGAGCACCAGCAGCUUACCCCUUCUCAGGAGCUCACCGACCAGAUGGAGAAGCAGCAGCAGCAGCAGCACUCCGCCUCUCCCCCCUCCUCCUACCAGAUCAGCCCGUCUGACCUGGCCAGCCAGAAGGAGGCCCAGUCCGCCAAGAACGGCUCUGCCGUCUACCCCCUGGCCCCCUCGCAGGAUCUGGACUCCUCCAAGGCCUCUUACCAGAUAGAGAACUUUGCCCAGGCCUUCGGGUCCCAGUUCAAGUCAGCCGGACGCGUCCCGAUGUCUUACAGUAAUGACUCGAACGGGGAGCUGGACCACCACAGGAUAAGGACGCCUGUCUCAGAAUUCUCAGGGUAUACUAGCUUGCUAGCCGACGUCAACGAGCCAGUCAGUACAGGAUCCAAAACCCCAACAAGCCAAAGCUAUAGAUGAGGGCCUGGAAGGGGGGAAUAACAUUCUGUUGGAAAUUCAUGUUUUGGUUCUUCUACUUUUCUUUUUUUUGCGCUCCUAUUUUAUUAUUAUUUUAUGUUAUAUAAUUUUAUAGGUGAUGUUUUGUAAUUAUUACACUGAUGCUGUGUUUAUAUGCCCCACCCAUCUCCUUUGAUCAGGUCUGUUAGGCCUCCCCACAAAUGCAAUUCUAGUUGAUAUCCUUUUUGUAAAGAAAGGUCUGUAUUCAUUUUCUGUUAGUGUUUUAUUUUAGGUCUGCUUGUUAAUCAUUAGUUUGAAAAGUAUGUUUUAAGCGACUAUAAAGUAGCGAUGGACUGGUUUUCUUUUCCCUUAAGCUUAAGUGUUUUACCAAUCAACUACAUUUGUAAGAUAACAUUGGAGAUGACAGGGAGUAGCCCAGAACUGAAAUAGCAAAAAAAAAAAAAAAAGAAUUAAGAUAUUGUCUGUUACAAGGAUAAAAGUAUUACUCAGGAAAAAGUGUACAAGGAUAAAUCCUGUGGUGCAGUGAGCACUCAUUUCAGAGGUGUACGUUCGCAACUACAAAGACGAUGCUUUGUUAUUUUUUAAUGUUUUAUUCCUUGGUGAAUGAGUGCAACAAUAAUAAGACUGCUGCCAGCACACUGACACUGAGAACACUUUUCACCUAGCUGUAGAGAGAUUAUGGUACUUUCUUGUCAAUGUGAAACUCAUGUUUUCUUCAAUAAGGGCCAUAUAUAUUUAUAAGAAUAUAUAUAUGUAUAAUAACAGAUAUAAUCCCUCUGGAGGACUGCCAGGUGCAUUGGUGGGAGAGAGGGUAGUGAGUUUGGGGAUAUUAGUUUUCCCUGUCGUUUUUUGGGAGAGCAGAUUUGGUGUUAGGGCUUUUCUUGGGCCAAUAGAGGUAGCUGUUGGGCAGCGAUGGAAUGGCCUUCCUCAUAUUCACCUGUCUCUCCCUCAACUACACUUUCUUUUAAAUGAAUCCAAUUAGCACUUUGAGCCGUUUUUUUUUUUUAAUACAAGUUUUUCUUACUUUCGAGAAACUUCCCCAACAGAUCAUGAAAGGUCCAACAUCUCAAACAGACUUGGUUUCUAUGGAGACGUGAGGUUGGUGGGUUUGUGCGUCGGCAGGCUUGCGGGGGAGGGGGGGGGGGGGAUUUGAGGGUGUCUUAUUCGAUUGGUAAGCCCUACAUUUGGAUGGCAUUGCAUAGUUUAUGAUGGGGUGGGGAGGUUGGGUUGGUCUAAUAAUUUGUUUAAAUAACUUGUCUCCUUUUCUCACAAUGUUUAGGAUUGGUUUAGAUGGGGAGGGAGGGGGGAUUUUUUUUUAAGAAAAUGUAUCUAUUAAAAUGGGAUCAUGUAUUUCACGCCCCUAGUUUUAGUUAAAUGAUUACCCAGUUUAGCAGGUUUGCUUUACUAUUUGAAUUAGAUAAAUGUGUGGCUGAAUAUCCUGUGUAAUGAUACAGAAGCAGCCUUGUAGCCAUUGCAGAACAUUUUAUGAUCUGAAAUACACAUUAGUAAAAAAGAAAAACACAAAAAAAACUCCAUGUUCACAGAUGGCAUGCUUUCUCAGAGCACCGAGAGAACUCCUACUAGCUGAGAAAUGGGUUGACCAAUCUUUGCCAGUAGGGAAAUUGUUAAAAUAGGCAUUUCUUUUGUUUCACAUGCAAAAAGUGAUCUUGUAAUUUCUUGCUCUUCUGUUUUUGAAUUGACUCAAACAAUUAUUGCGUUGUCUUCCAUAGCCACAACCUUUUUUUUGUGCUGGAUAUUUUCACUUUUAUUUUAGAUUUCUUUAAAUUGCCCAAUGGCCCCAUGUCUUACACAAUCACAAAACAUGGCUGAAUGACUGCAAUGUUGCAAUAUCAUAGGGAACAAUGACUGACCACUAGAAUUAUUUGCAAUGUUUGGAAUGGGUGUGAGGUAAAUUAAGUUAGAAUUUACCUGUUAUAUACCUCAUAUCACUGAAAACAUGCAACCAGGGACAUAGGAUAAAAGGUUUGAUGUAUGUAGCAGAGAUGCUGUUGUUUGUUCAAAACACAUUUUUGUGUGACUAUUUUUAAACCUUGUAUAAAUGAUGUUGAAUGGACCUGGAAAAGGGGCUAUGGUAUUGCUUUAGGGUUCUGUAUUGUCUAAUGCCUACCAGUGUUUCAGUCUUCAGUUUGACUUGUCUCCUUGGUAACUUCUGUUACUUGCCAUAUUGUUUUUAUGACAUGCCUAUUGUUUACAAAAAUGUACAAAACACUACAUCUUAAUGUUGCCCCCAUAUGAUUAGCAUGGUUUCUUUGUUUAACUUUAUAUUUCCCUUCAUUUGUCACCACAACAUUUGUAGCUGAUGUUUUCUUCCCUCUCUUUAUUUUGUUCCAGACUCUUGUGAUAUUAAUUGCAGGGCUGUACUUGUCCAUGAAUUUAUAAUUGAUUAGGAAAACCAAUAAAAUGCUGUUAUCAA